AUGGAUAUGAACACAGGAAGGGCUAAUAGCUUUGCUAAGGGUCUCGAAAACGCCCAUGCCCUUGCAAUCAGCGAUAAUGGAGAUAUUUAUGUUUCACAAAUAGAACCUAACCAAAUUGUAAAAUUUAGUAUUUCGACAAACGAAAAUUGA